CCCGCCUCUCCCGCGCGCAGACACGCGCCCGCGCCUCCAGUCGGCACAAAGACAGCGCGGCUGGGGGGGGACCCUGGGGGCCACGCACGUGGGAACCCGCGGCUGCUCUCGCCCAGGUACUUCUUCCAUGGACCCGGCUCACUCAAGGAUCUAGGUCUCUCCCACUGCGGAAAGAAGAUAAUUCUGUCAAGCAGACCAGGGACAACUGGUUUGGAUUCUACUCUGUGCGUCUAAAUCUUCAAUUCUGCUGAGAGUGAGACGCUCUGGGACCCUAGAACCCCAGAAACACCCUGCCAAACCCACCUCCACCAUGGGGGCCGCGACUCGGCUCUUGGCAGGGGUCUUUCUAGCUUUGCUCGUCCUGUCUACCGAAGGUGGGGUCCUCAAGAAAGUCAUCCGGCACAAGCGGCAGAGUGGGGUGAACGUCAGCCUGCCGGAGGAGAGUCAGCCGGUGGUGUUUAACCACGUCUACAACAUCAAGCUGCCGGUGGGAUCCCAGUGCUCGGUGGAUCUGGAGUCGGCCAGUGGAGAGAAAGACCUGGCCCCCACACCGGGGCCCGGCGAAAGCUUCCAGGAGCGCACAGUGGAUGGGGAGAACCAGAUCGUGUUCACGCACCGCAUCAACAUCCCCCGCCGGGCCUGCGGCUGUGCCGCCGCCCCUGACGUCAAGGAGCUGCUGAGCAGGCUGGAGGAGCUGGAGAGCCUGGUGUCCUCCCUGCGCGAGCAAUGCGCCGCCGGAGCCGGCUGCUGUCUCCAGCCCGCCGAAGGCCGCCUGGACACCAGGCCCUUCUGCAGUGGCCGGGGCAACUUCAGCGCCGAAGGAUGUGGCUGUGUGUGUGAACCUGGUUGGAAAGGCCCCAACUGCUCUGAGCCGGACUGCCCAGGCAACUGUCACCUUCGCGGCCAGUGCGUGGACGGGCAGUGUGUCUGUGAGGAGGGCUUCACCGGCGAGGACUGCAGCCAGCUGGCCUGCCCCGGUGACUGCAAUGACCAGGGCAAGUGUGUGAACGGGGUGUGCGUCUGUUUCGAGGGCUACUCGGGAGCUGACUGCAGCCGGGAGAUCUGCCCUGUGCCCUGCAGCGAGGAGCACGGCACGUGUGUGGACGGCAGGUGCGUGUGCCAGGAAGGCUUUGCCGGCGACGACUGCAAUGAGCCCCUGUGCCUCAACAACUGCUACAACCGCGGGCGGUGCGUGGAGAACGAGUGUGUUUGCGACGAGGGCUUCACAGGCGAAGACUGUAGUGAGCUCGUCUGCCCCAACGAUUGCUUCGACCGGGGACGCUGCGUCAACGGCACCUGCUACUGCGAAGAAGGCUUCACGGGCGAAGACUGCAGCAAGCUCACCUGCCCGCAAGCCUGCCACGGCCAGGGCCGGUGCGAGGAGGGGCAGUGCGUGUGCGACGAGGGCUUUGCCGGCGUGGAUUGCAGUGAGAAGAGGUGCCCUGCCGACUGUCACAACCGCGGCCGCUGCGUGGACGGGCGGUGUGAGUGUGACGACGGCUUCACGGGAGCUGACUGCGGGGAACUCAAGUGUCCCAACGGCUGCAGUGGCCACGGCCGCUGUGUCAACGGGCAGUGCGUGUGCGACGAGGGCUACACUGGGGAGGACUGCAGCCGGCUGCGGUGCCCCAAUGACUGUCACAACCGGGGCCGCUGUGUCCAGGGCAAGUGUGUGUGCGAGCAAGGCUUCCAGGGCUACGACUGCAGUGACAUGAGCUGCCCUAAUGACUGUCACCAGCACGGCCGCUGCGUGAACGGCAUGUGCGUCUGUGAUGACGGCUACAUGGGGGAAGACUGCCGGGAUCGCCGAUGUCCCAGGGACUGCAGCAACCGGGGCCGCUGCGUGGAUGGGCAGUGCGUGUGUGAGGAUGGCUUUGCGGGUCCUGACUGCUCCGAACUAUCCUGUCCCAACGACUGCCACGGCCAGGGCCGCUGUGUGAACGGGCAGUGCGUGUGCAAUGAGGGCUUCAUGGGCAAAGACUGCAAGGAGCAAAGGUGUCCCAGUGAUUGUCACGGCCAGGGUCGCUGCGAGGACGGCCAGUGCAUCUGCCACGAGGGCUUCACAGGCCUGGACUGCGGGCAGCGCUCCUGCCCCAAUGACUGCAGCAACUGGGGGCAGUGCGUCUCGGGCCGCUGCAUCUGUAGCGAGGGCCACACUGGGGAAGACUGCUCGGAGGUGUCGCCUCCCAAAGACCUCGUCGUGACAGAAGUAACAGAAGAGACUGUCAACCUGGCCUGGGACAAUGAGAUGCGAGUCACAGAGUACUUGGUCAUAUACACACCUACUCACGCAGGCGGCCUGGAAAUGCAGUUCCGCGUGCCUGGGGACCAGACAUCCACCACCAUCCGGGAGCUGGAGCCGGGUGUGGAGUACUUUAUCCGGGUGUUUGCCAUCUUGGAGAACAAGAAGAGCAUUCCCGUCAGCGCCCGGGUGGCCACGUACUUGCCUGCACCUGAAGGCCUAAAAUUCAAGUCCAUCAAGGAGACAUCUGUGGAGGUGGAGUGGGAUCCUCUGGACAUUGCUUUUGAAACGUGGGAGAUUAUCUUCCGGAAUAUGAAUAAAGAAGAUGAGGGAGAGAUCACCAAAAGCCUCAGGAGACCAGAGACCUCUUACCGGCAAACCGGUCUAGCUCCCGGGCAAGAGUAUGAGAUAUCUCUGCACAUCGUGAAAAACAAUACGCGGGGCCCUGGCCUGAAGAGGGUGACCACCACCCGUUUGGAUGCCCCCAGCCAGAUCGAGGUGAAGGAUGUCACAGACACCACCGCUUUGAUCACCUGGUUCAAGCCCCUGGCUGAGAUUGACGGCAUCGAGCUCUCCUACGGCGUCAGAGACGUGCCGGGCGACCGCACCACCAUCGAUCUCACAGAGGAUGAGAACCAGUACUCCAUCGGGAACCUGAAGCCCGACACCGAGUACGAGGUGUCCCUCAUCUCCCGCAGGGGGGACAUGUCAAGCAACCCAGCCAAAGAGACCUUCACGACAGGCCUGGAUGCUCCCAGGAAUCUCCGACGUGUCUCCCAGACAGACAACAGCAUCACCCUGGAAUGGAGGAAUGGCAAGGCGGCCAUAGACAAUUACAGAAUUAAGUACGCCCCCAUCUCUGGGGGUGACCACGCUGAGGUCGACGUCCCAAAGAGCCAACAAGCCACCACCAAAACCACACUCACAGGUCUGAGGCCGGGGACUGAGUAUGGGAUUGGAGUUUCUGCUGUGAAGGAGGACAAGGAGAGCAAUCCUGCCACCAUCAACGCGGCCACAGAUCUGGAUGCACCCAAGGACCUUCGGGUUUCUGAAACUGCAGAGACCAGCCUGACCCUGGCCUGGAGGACACCGUCGGCCAAGUUUGACCGCUACCGCCUCAACUACAGCCUCCCCACGGGCCAGCCGGUGGAGCUGCAGCUUCCCAGGAAUGCCACCUCCUACGUCCUGAGAGAUCUGCAGCCAGGGUGGGAAUACACCGUCCUCCUGACAGCCGAGAAGGGCAGGCACAAGAGCAAACCUGCACGCGUGAAGGCGUCUACCGAACAAGCCCCUGAAUUGGAAAACCUCACCGUGACUAAGGUUGGCUGGGAUGGCCUCAAACUCAACUGGACCGCACCUGACCGGGCCUAUGAGCACUUUGUCAUCCAGGUGCAGGAGGCCAACACGCUGGAGGCCGCCCAGAACCUCACGGUGCCCGGCAGCCUGCGGGCUGUGGACAUCCCAGGCCUCAAGGCUGCCACCCCUUACAGAGUCUCCAUCUAUGGGGUGAUCCGGGGCUCUACAACACCGGUGCUCUCUGCUGAGGCCUCCACAGGGAAAACUCCCAAUUUGGGCGAGGUCACGGUGUCCACGGUGGGCUGGGAUGCCCUCCGACUCCACUGGACCGCUCCAGAAGGGGCCUAUGAACGCUUUUUCAUUCAGGUGCAGGAGGCUGACACAACAGAGCCAGCCCAGAACCUCACAGUCCCAGGAGAACUGAGGUCCGUGGACCUGCCUGGGCUCAAAGCAGACACUCAUUAUACUGUCACCAUCCGAGGGGUCACCCAGGACUUCAGCACAACCCCUCUCUCUGUUGAGGUCUCGACAGAGGAAGUUCCAGGUCUGGGAAACCUCACAGUGACCGAGGUUAGCUGGGACGCCCUCAGACUGGACUGGACCACACCUGAUGGCACCUAUGACCAGUUUGUCAUUCAGGUCCGGGAGGCGGACCAGGUGGAAGAGGCUCGCAAUCUCACAGUUCCUGGCAGCCUGCGCUCCGUGGAAAUCCCUGGCCUCAGGGCUGGCACUCCUUACACAAUCACGUUGCACGGCGAGGUCAGGGGCCACAGCACUCAACCCCUUGCUGUGGAGGUCACCACAGAGGAGCUCCCCGAGCUGGGAGAUUUAGCCGUGACUGAGGUUGGCUGGGAUGGCCUCAAACUCAACUGGACCGCACCUGACCAGGCCUAUGAGCACUUUGUCAUCCAGGUGCAGGAGGCCAACACGCUGGAGGCCGCCCAGAACCUCACGGUGCCCGGCAGCCUGCGGGCUGUGGACAUCCCAGGCCUCAAGGCUGCCACCCCUUACAGGGUCUCCAUCUAUGGGGUGAUCCGGGGCUCUACAACACCGGUGCUCUCUGCUGAGGCCUCCACAGCCAAAGAACCUGAAAUUGGAAACUUAAGUGUUUCUGACAUAACUCCUGAGAGCUUCAAUCUCUCCUGGACAGCUGCUGAUGGGAUCUUCGAGACCUUUACCAUUGAAAUUAUUGAUUCCAAUAGGUUGCUGGAGGCGGUAGAAUAUAAUAUCUCUGGUGCUGAACGAACUGCCCACAUCUCAGGGCUACCCCCUAGUACUGAUUUUAUUAUCUACCUGUCUGGCCUUGCUCCCAGCAUCCGGACCAAAACCAUCAGUGCCACAGCCACCACAGAGCCAGAGCCACAGUUGGGCACGCUAAUCCUUAGCAAUAUUACUCCCGACAGCUUCAACGUGUCAUGGACCACUGGAGCUGGGCUUUUUGCAAAGAUUGUUAUCAAUGUGAGCGAUUCUCACUCGCUGCAUGAAUCCCAGCAAUUCACAGUCUCAGGAGACGCACAGCAAGCUCACGUCACAGGCUUGGUGGAGAACACUGGCUAUGACGUUAGUGUGGCAGGGACCACUUGGGCUGGGGACCCCACCAGACCCCUCACUGCCUUUGUCGUUACAGAGGCCCUGCCCCUUCUGGAAAACCUAACCAUUUCCGACAUUAAUCCCUACGGGUUCACAGUUUCCUGGAUGGCAUCGGAGAAUGCCUUUGACAGCUUUCUAGUAACGGUGGUGGAUUCUGGGAAGCUGCUGGACCCCCAGGAAUUCACACUUUCAGGAACCCAGAGGAAGCUGGAGCUUAGAGGCCUCAUAACCGGCAUUGGCUAUGAGGUUAUGGUCUCUGGCUUCACCCAAGGGCACCAAACCAAGCCCUUGAGGGCUGAGAUUGUUACAGAAGCCGAACCGGAAGUUGACAACCUUUUGGUUUCAGAUGCCACCCCAGAUGGUUUCCGUCUGUCCUGGACAGCUGAUGAAGGGGUCUUCGACAGUUUUGUUCUCAAAAUCAGAGAUACCAAAAAGCAGUCUGAGCCACUGGAAAUAACCCUCCUUGCCCCCGAACGUACCAGGGACAUAACAGGUCUCAGAGAGGCUACUGAAUACGAAAUUGAACUCUAUGGAAUAAGCAAUGGAAGACGAUCCCAGCCAGUCAGUGCUAUAGCAACAACAGCAAUGGGCUCCCCAAAGGAAAUCAUGUUCUCGGACAUCACUGAAAACGCAGCUACUGUCAGCUGGAUGGCACCCACUGCCCAGGUGGAGAGCUUCCGGGUUACCUAUGUGCCCAUCACAGGAGGUACACCCUCAGCGGUAACUGUGGAUGGAACCAAGACCCAGACCAGGCUGGUGAAGCUCAUACCUGGGGUGGAAUACUUCGUCAAUGUCAUUGCCAUGAAGGGCUUCGAGGAAAGCGAGCCUGUCUCAGGGUUGCUCACCACAGCUCUGGAUGGCCCAUCUGGCCUGGUGACGGCCAACAUCACUGACUCGACCGCCUUGGCCAUGUGGCAGCCAGCCAUUGCCACUGUGGACAAUUACGUAAUCUCCUACACAGGGGAAAGAGUGCCAGAAAUUACACGCACGGUGUCGGGGAACACGGUGGAGUACGCUCUGGCCGACCUCGAGCCUGCCACAGAAUACACGCUGAGAAUCCUCGCGGAGAAGGGGCCUCAGAAGAGCGCAGCCAUCACGACCAAGUUCACCACAGACAUCGAUUCUCCACGAGACUUGGCCGCUACUGAGGUUCAGUCGGAAACUGCCCUGCUCACCUGGCGACCCCCCAGGGCUUCGGUCACUGGUUACCUCCUGGUCUAUGAAUCUGUGGAUGGUACAGUCAAGGAAGUCAUUGUGGGUCCAGACACCACCUCCUACAGCCUGGCAGACCUGAGCCCGUCCACACACUACACAGCCAAGAUCCAGGCGCUAAACGGGCCCCUGAGGAGCAAGCUAGUGCAGACCAUCUUCAGCACAAUUGGACUCCUAUACCCAUUCCCCAGGGACUGCUCCCAAGCAAUGCUGAAUGGAGACACGACCUCUGGCCUCUACACCAUUUAUCUGAAUGGCGAUAAGGCCCAGGCCCUAGAAGUCUACUGUGACAUGACCUCUGAUGGGGGUGGAUGGAUCGUGUUCCUGAGACGCAAAAACGGACGUGAGGACUUCUACCGGAACUGGAAAGCCUAUGUUGCCGGAUUUGGGGACCGCAGAGAGGAAUUCUGGCUUGGGCUGGACAACCUGAGCAAAAUCACAGCCCAAGGGCAGUACGAGCUCCGGGUGGACCUGCGGGACCACGGGGAGACAGCCUUCGCCGUCUACGACAGAUUCAGCGUGGGGGAUGCCAAGACUCGCUACAAGUUGAAGGUGGAGGGGUACAGCGGGACAGCAGGUGACUCCAUGGCCUACCACAACGGCAGGUCCUUCUCCACCUUCGACAAGGACACGGACUCAGCCAUCACCAACUGUGCCCUGUCCUACAAGGGGGCUUUCUGGUACAGGAACUGUCACCGUGUCAACUUGAUGGGGAGAUACGGGGAUAAUAACCACAGUCAGGGUGUUAACUGGUUCCACUGGAAGGGCCACGAAUACUCAAUCCAGUUUGCUGAGAUGAAACUGAGACCGAGCAACUUCAGAAAUCUCGAAGGCAGGCGUAAACGGGCAUGAAUUCCAGGGACUACUGGGUGAGAGAGGAAUAGGGCCCAGAGAAAGGAACGGAUUUUACCAAAGCAUCAAUACUACCAGCCCAAUCAUCAAUCCACACCUGGGCGUCUGGCAAGAGUCAAAGUUGACCAUGGAUCACUGUGGCCAGCGGCAACUGCACGGGCCUCACCUACUCUGCGAUUACCUUCUUCGCACCAAAGACACCAGUCUCCAACAGGUUUCUGUUUUGUUGUUUGAUUCAGCAAAAAUCUUCCAGUGACAACAUCACAAUGGUUUUUACUUCUCUUGGGUGGCUCUGGGAAUGGGAGAGGGGUAGGCUGUACAGUGGUAGUUUGUUUUAGAACCAGCUGUAUUUUACACAAAGCUGUAUAAUUAAUUGUCGUUAUUUUUGUUAGCAAAGAUUAAAUGUGUGUCAUUGGAAGCCGUCCCUUUUUUUUUUUUUACAUUUCAUACAACAGAAACCAGAAAAGCAAUAUUGUUUCAAUUUUUAAAAUAUGAUUAAUAUUAUUAAUAUAAUAAUGAUGAUGAAAACUAAGGAUUUUUAAAGAGAUCUUCCUUUCCAAAACACAUCUGGACAGUACCUGAUUGUACUUUUUGUUUUUUAAUAAAAGCACAAUACUUUUGA